AUGGAAGGAAUGAAGACAAACAAUGUAUCCAAUAAUAAAGAAAACAAUGUCGAUUUACCAUCAAAAAUUGAAAAAACUAAUUCACAGUUGGAAUCACAAAAUUUUAUAUCGGACUUGUUAAAAAAGCCUCCAACAACUAAAAUUGGUACAUUUUCUAAUGACGAAUUAUUUGUCUCAGAUUUAUUAACUUUGAGGCCAACAAUGUGGCUCAAUGAUAAGAUAAUUAACGUUUACAUGAGACUAAUAAUGGAAUCUGAUAUGUCAUCUAUUUAUGCAACCAAUAGUUUUUUUUAUAAAAAACUGUUAAGUGCACAAAAUAACGAAAUUCAUAAAUGGACUAAAAAUGUUGACAUAUUCUCAAAAAAAUGGAUGAUUAUACCGAUUCAUUUAGAUAAUCACUGGGCAGUCUGUAUCGUCAACUUCAUUAAAAAAACUGUUUCAUAUUAUGAUAGCCAGGGUCGUAAAGAUGAAGGCCUUUUAAAUAUAAUACUUCAAUACCUCGAAGCUGAAUGUAACAAACGUAAAAGUGGAAAUUUUUCUGGCUGGAGAGUACAACAUGUCGAUGACGUACCAAAACAAAACAACUUUUGGGAUUGUGGUGCCUACGUAUGCAUGUAUGCACUAUAUACCUGCAAAAAUUUAAAAUGGGAUUUCUCAGAUGAAAAAAUGCCUGAAAUUCGAGAACAAAUACUAAUGGAAAGUUUAAAUAAAAAAAUCAGAGAACCUCCUGCCUUGAUAAGAAAUCGUAUGAGCCUGCAGACGAGUCAUCAACAUGUCCUACUCAUUGAAUCAGCAGCUGAAAGUCAGGCAAGUGCGAUUUUCCCCCAGGAUAGGAGGGACUCUCAAUGUAUGGCAAUUGCAUUGUAUGCAGUUGUAAUAAUGUGUUCCAACGACCAAAAAAAUAUUACACGUAGAGGUAUGGAUGAAAUAAUAAAAGAAGGUGAUGCUUACUAUGUUUCAUGUCGAAAUUCAUUUAAAAAAAUACCAAAUUGUCCAAAGAAAUUUUUAAUGUCAUCAUCCGAUAAUUCUGUUGAAAGUCCACCAACAAAUAUUCUACCAUAG